GUAAGGGAAGGCACGAUGUGUAUAAAAGACACCGAAGUAAUCGAGAAUAGGCAUCGCAGUGAACGCAGCGAGACAAUCAUUUACGCACCGCACUCACCGCAGUUAAAAAUGAUGACCAAAAUCUUUGUUCUCAUUGGCACUCUGGUGGCCGUCUGUUCUGCCCGCGCCGGAGUGAUUCCUGCAGCGAUUCCAGCAAUUACGGCGGCCGUGCCAGCAGCUCUGACAGUCGGUACCUACGCCACGAGUUACAAUGCACACGCCAUCAAUCAUGCCAUAGCCGCUCCAUACGUAGCGGCUGCACCAUUAGCUUAUUCCGCUUACUCCGCUUAUCCCGCUCUCCCGGCGGCGGCUUAUUCCGCCCCUAUCAUCGCCGGAAGACGCUAAAAACAGCUG